CUCAGCGCCAAACCUGAAAAAUAAAAUCAUCAUUAGCAGAGACAACAAACGAGAUCCGGGACAACAGGAUGAAUAUCGGACUACUGACAAUCGUCAUGGGACUCGCGCUCGCAGGGAGCCCGGAAACUCCAGGCGUGGAGAUCACACGAUUAGAGGGAGGAAACGGAAUCCUAACCACUAAAUAUGCGAACCUGCGAAUCUAUCACACGGUGUGGAAUAUGAUUACACAUAUCGACAUAACAAAAUUCCUAGAGAAAAAACAAAUCCUCACACGACACUGGUUGGGAAUGAAAGGGAUCUGUACCCAACUACGAGGCAAUUGUAAUUUUGAAGACCAAUUAGACCAGGUAAUUAAUCGGCUCGAUAUAUUAGACGGUACUCAUCGACACAUGAGAGAAUUGUUAGCAGAAACACCGGAGAGAUCGAAACGAGCGGUCCUCGGAUUUAUCGGGAAAAUAAGCAAGAUUCUUUUCGGGACAAUGGACGAAGAUGACGCGGACUAUUACGACCAAUACAUAGAAUCCCUACAGAACACAACUAGGGAAACCCUAGCCCUUCUGGCGAAUCAAACGCACAUUAUUCGAUCCGAAUGCGAAUCAAUCCACCAAACUAUUCAAGGUCUAACUAAAGAAAUUAAGACCUUGAACGCGACAGUCUACGUAGCCAUCGGAAACAUCCUCGAACGUAUCGACACUAUAGGGAUUAAUGGGAAAAUGGCGAGCCUUAUAUCAGCCUUCGAUGCGGAACUGAGCGAAUAUGAGCUCGACACCCAAAUGCUGAUUAACGCCAUCCUAUUCGCGAAAAGAGGAUAAUUGCACCCGUCAAUU